AUGUCGUCGUUGUUGCAGUCAUUAAUCGAUCCGCGAAAGAACUGGUUCGCCAAACAGCACAUGAAAGCUCUAUCCAAACGCCUCCGCAAAUACGGGCUCCGAUACGACGAUCUUUACGAUCCGUACUACGAUCUGGACAUCAAGGAGGCGCUCAAUCGGCUACCAAGAGAGAUUGUGGAUGCGCGUAAUCAGCGCCUUAAGCGCGCCAUGGACCUCUCCAUGAAACACGAGUACCUUCCUGAGGACCUCCAGGCAAGGCAAACACCAUUCAGGAACUACCUUCAAGAUAUGCUUGCUCUUGUGAAGAGGGAGAGAGCCGAACGUGAAGCUUUGGGAGCUUUACCUCUCUAUCAGCGCACCAUUCCUUAA